UUGAGAUUGAGACCGCGAGAUAUUCAGUUGGAUGUUAGCAGUGGAUGGCUUAAGGUGUCUUGGAUUCUCUAAAAACCAAAAGUCUCAAUAGUGAACAUUAAGUAGAUUGUUACCCAAAAAAAAACAUCAUAGAAGAGUUACAUUUCAAUAUGUCUAAUACCAGUGGGAAUGAUGGGGACAGAGGCGAUCGACAAAAACGGGAAACAAUCGAAAUGGGUAACUUGCUGGGACCAAAGGACUUAAAUACAGCAAGCAUUACGGAAACCCAUACAACCCAAAAGCUAGUGUCCUUACCAGAACGAGGAAGCUGGAGCUCAAAACUGGACUUCAUAUUAUCAGUAGUCGGACUAGCGAUCGGCUUGGGAAACGUUUGGCGUUUCCCAUAUUUGUGUUAUAAAAAUGGAGGCGGUGCAUUUUUAGUUCCAUACUUAUUAGCAUUGUUCUUAGCUGGUAUACCAAUGUUCUUUAUGGAACUUGCACUAGGGCAAAUGUUAACAAUUGGCGGCUUGGGUGUAUUUAAAAUAGCUCCCAUUUUUAAAGGUAUUGGCUAUGCUGCUGCUGUUAUGUCCUGCUGGAUGAAUGUUUACUACAUCGUAAUUCUUGCCUGGGCCGUAUUCUAUUUUUUUAUGUCGAUGCGAGGCGAUGUGCCUUGGCGAACAUGCAAUAAUUGGUGGAAUACCAUAAAUUGUGUAAACCAGUACGAAAGAAAGAACUUACACUGCUGGGAUAAAGUUAUCAAUGGCAACGCUAGCAAAAUUUGCAGUGUUGCUACCGCUAACAUUUCGACAACAGAGCUCACAGAUCCAGUAAAAGAGUUUUGGGAACGUCGAGCCUUACAAAUAUCAUCCGGAAUUGAAGAAAUUGGAAACAUUCGCUGGGAACUGGCAGGCACGCUUUUGCUGGUUUGGAUACUUUGCUACUUUUGCAUUUGGAAAGGAGUUAAAUGGACAGGAAAGGUGGUUUAUUUUACUGCACUUUUCCCAUAUGUGCUAUUAACUGUUUUAUUAAUACGCGGCAUAACCCUUCCUGGUGCUAUGGAAGGAAUCAAAUUUUAUAUUAUUCCAAACUUCUCAAAACUUUCACAUUCCGAGGUCUGGAUCGAUGCAGUUACUCAAAUCUUUUUCUCGUACGGUUUGGGUCUUGGAACAUUGGUUGCUCUAGGAAGUUACAACAAGUUUACUAAUAAUGUUUACAAGGAUGCUUUAAUUGUAUGCACAGUAAAUUCAAGUACCAGUAUGUUUGCGGGAUUUGUAAUAUUCUCUGUAAUUGGAUUCAUGGCACAUGAGCAGCAAAGGCCAGUUGCGGAGGUGGCAGCAUCGGGACCCGGCUUAGCUUUUCUUGUGUACCCGUCAGCGGUUUUGCAACUUCCUGGAUCCCCUUUAUGGUCAUGCCUUUUCUUCUUUAUGCUUCUUUUAAUAGGUCUUGACUCCCAGUUUUGCACUAUGGAAGGUUUCAUAACUGCCAUCAUUGAUGAAUGGCCACAAUUGCUUAGAAAACGUAAAGAAAUAUUCAUUGCUAUUGUAUGCUUACUAAGCUACUUGGUUGGAAUAACUUGCAUCUCACAAGGCGGCAUGUAUAUUUUUCAAAUACUUGAUUCAUAUGCAGUAAGCGGAUUUUGUCUCCUAUGGCUUAUAUUCUUUGAAUGCGUCUCUAUAUCUUGGUGUUAUGGAGUAGAUCGAUUCUAUGAUGGAAUUAAGGACAUGAUAGGCUAUUAUCCUACUGUUUGGUGGAAGUUUUGCUGGUGUGUCACCACUCCUUCGAUUUGUUUGGGUGUUUUUUUCUUUAAUAUUGUUCAAUGGACUCCAAUAAAAUACCUAGACUACAGUUAUCCGUGGUGGGCGCACGCAUUUGGAUGGUUCACAGCACUAUCAUCGAUGCUUUACAUACCAAUUUAUAUGUUUUGGUUAUGGAAGCGAACACCCGGAGACUUAUGCGAGAAAAUUCGAGAAAUUGUACGUAUAGAUGAAAGUAUAUCGCAAUUACGAGAGAAAAUGCACAGAGAAGCCUAUGCUAAGGAAAUUGAGUUUAAUUCAUAGGCUUUAUUAAGUCACAACAAUUAAAAACUACAAUGUUCUUAAAUAUAAGUAUAAAUAUGUUUCUUUUUUCAAUAGUUUGGUUGUACAAACCACGACUAAUUAAUUAAUUAAAUUCACCAGGUUAAAUAUUGGAGUAUCUUUUAAUCAUUAUGAAUAAGUAGGAAAUCAUUUUCAAAUAGAAGCAUAUUAUGUACAUGUAUGUUUGGCUUGAAUACUCGUAAUUAAUAAGUGUUAAAUGAUUACUGUAUUAUCCACUCAAUGCUACGUAUUUGCUAAAAUAUGGCUAAUCUAGGCUUUAUUAGGCUCUUCAUAUUGUUUGUAAUUAUUUCUUUAAUUUAUACAAUAGGUAAUUAGCAAGUAAAAUAAUUAUAUU